UGCAGUUCUCAAAUCAAUCAAAAUGGCGCUCUUUAAAGGGUUACUUCCUACAGUUUUGCGUUACCAUGGUGUUUAUCGUCAGACCUUAAUCCAGUUAAAUUGGAGAAACAUUACUUCGCCAGUCCAGAUCAAAGGAUUAGAUCACCUCGUUCUGACAGUAAAGAGCAUUGAAGAUACUGUUGCCUUCUACUCUAGAACACUGGGAAUGCAGAUUGUCACUUUCAAGGGUAAUCGCAAAGCACUUUCCUUUGGGAAUCAGAAAUUCAACUUGCAUGAAGUUGGGAAGGAAUUUGAGCCAAAAGCACACAAGCCUACAGCAGGAUCCAUCGAUCUUUGUUUAAUCACAAGCACACCUAUAAGUAAAGUGAUUGAACAUCUUAAGGUUUGUGGAGUUAACGUUGAGGAAGGUCCUAUUGAGCGAACUGGGGCAAUGGGUCCUAUUACCUCAGUCUACUUCAGAGAUCCAGACAAUAAUUUAAUUGAAGUUUCCAAUUACCAUUCUGACCAAUAGUAAUCACAACAGCAAAUAUUAUUCAAAUCUGCACAAGAAACAAACCUACAGGAUGAGCUGAUUGAUCCUUUACGUUUAAUAAUAUGGACACAAUUCCGGCAUCAACGUGCAAUGCAGUAGCACAAGCAAGGAUAUCAAUUUAGAGAAAAUGUACAUCGUGGCCUACCUAUAAGGUGAUAGAAAGAGGAUAAUUUCAAUAUUUUUCAGCAUUUUUAUACUUAUUGGAGUACAAAUAUUUUGUGAUUACUAUACAUGGCAAAGGAUCAGUAAAGAUGUAUAUGCAAAACCUCAUAUUCUGAAGAUUCAUAAAUGAUCAUUAUUAUUUUACAGUCUUCAUUUAAGAAAAUUAUGAUCUAUCAAUAAAUAAGAAAUAGAUAAAUACUCUUGACUUGCACGAGAAGUUAAUACACUAGCUCUUUGCUUCUAAUAUUUGAAUUCAGUUCCAAUAGAUGAGAAGAAAAUGUUCCCUCAGGAUGAUUGUUUUGGCAAAUUGAAAUGCUCAUAAGAUUGUUAAAUAGGGUAGUCUCUCUAUGGAAAGACAUUUAGUUCCCUGGGUCACUUGCAAAAGAACAGCAACCAGUAAGCUCAUAGGCCUAAAGAUUUGUUAGCUGAUGUUAAAGAAAAUCAAAUACUUUUGUAACUGAACCCAGCAGCAUACAAAUAUAAUUCUCAUCCAGUAGACUUGGCGAUGAUGGGUCUUCUGCUCCUCUAAACAGAUAGUCUGGUAUGGCAAGUUACCCUGUAGCUGAGUUUGGGUGGGUCCUGCACUCUUUGGAUGCACUGUUGAUAUUCAGCAGCAGACUGAAGUGGACUGGGGAAACAGGCUAAUGACUAGGAACACUUUG